CCGCCCUCCCCGAACGCGCGGUCCCCCUUCCCAGGCGCCGCAGCCUAACCCGGGCUGGGCGCCGGGGAGGCGGGGGGCAUCCCGGAGGGGAUCCCGCCCCUCCCCCCGGCCGCCCGGCGCCCCCCCACACACGUGAGCGCUGGGCCGGCCAGGAUCCCGCAGGCCACACAGCGCAUCCCGGCUCCGCGCCGGUGCCUCCGCGGUCUGGUCCCCGCGCUAGCGCUUCACAGUCCCUGGCGGGUCCCCGCGGCCCCGGCCGGGCGCUUCGCCGGGCUCCGGCUCCUACAUUCGGACUCAGCGCGCAGGCCGAGGCGCGGGCAGGCCGCCCCCGCCGCACUCAAAGCUGAUAGACGAUGAGCAGCCAUGGCAACAGCCUGUUCCUACGGGAGAGUGGCCAGCGCCUGGGCCGGGUGGGCUGCCUGCAGCGGCUGCAGGAGAGUCUCCAGCAGAGAGCGCUGCGCACGCGCCUGCGACUGCAAACCAUGACCCGCGAGCACGUGCUGCGAGUCCUGCGCCGGAAUGCCUUCAUCCUCCUAACCGUCAGCGCUGUGGUCAUCGGGGUCAGCCUGGCCUUUGCCCUGCGCCCAUAUCAGCUCACCUACCGCCAGAUCAAGUACUUCUCUUUUCCUGGAGAGCUUCUCAUGAGGAUGCUGCAGAUGCUGGUGCUGCCUCUCAUUGUCUCCAGCCUGGUCACAGGUAUGGCAUCUCUGGACAACAAGGCCACGGGGCGGAUGGGGAUGCGUGCAGCUGUGUACUACAUGGUGACCACCAUCAUCGCAGUCUUCAUCGGCAUCCUUAUGGUCACCAUCAUCCACCCUGGGAAGGGCUCCAAGGAGGGGCUGCACCGAGAGGGCCGGAUCGAGACCAUCCCCACAGCUGAUGCCUUCAUGGACCUGAUCAGAAAUAUGUUUCCACCCAAUCUUGUGGAGGCCUGCUUCAAACAGUUCAAGACGCAGUACAGCACAAGGGUGGUAACCAGGACCAUCGUGAGGACUGAGAAUGGGUCUGAGCUGGGAACCUCCAUGCCUCCUCCAUUCUCUAUGGAGAACGGAACCAGCUUCCUGGAAAAUGUCACUCGGGCGUUGGGCACCUUGCAAGAGGUGCUAAGCUUUGAGGAGACUGUGCCUGUACCUGGCUCAGCCAAUGGCAUUAAUGCCCUUGGCCUUGUGGUUUUCUCUGUGGCCUUUGGGCUGGUCAUCGGUGGCAUGAAACACAAGGGCCGGGUCCUGAGGGAUUUCUUCGACAGCCUCAAUGAGGCUAUUAUGAGGCUGGUGGGCAUCAUCAUCUGGUAUGCACCUGUGGGCAUCCUGUUCCUGAUUGCUGGGAAGAUUCUGGAGAUGGAAGACAUGGCUGUCCUGGGAGGUCAGCUGGGCAUGUACACCCUGACUGUCAUCGUGGGCUUGUUCCUCCAUGCUGGUGGCAUCCUUCCUCUCAUCUACUUCCUCGUCACUCACCGGAACCCCUUUCCCUUCAUUGGGGGCAUGCUGCAGGCCCUAAUCACCGCCAUGGGCACAUCUUCCAGCUCUGCAACACUGCCCAUCACUUUCCGCUGCUUGGAGGAGGGCUUGGGUGUGGACCGCCGCAUCACCAGGUUCGUGCUGCCUGUGGGUGCUACAGUCAACAUGGAUGGGACUGCCCUCUACGAGGCCCUGGCUGCCAUCUUCAUUGCUCAAGUCAACAACUACGAGCUCAACUUGGGCCAGAUCACAACGAUCAGCAUCACAGCCACAGCGGCCAGUGUCGGGGCAGCUGGCAUCCCCCAGGCAGGCCUGGUCACCAUGGUCAUUGUUCUCACAUCGGUUGGGUUGCCCACUGAAGACAUCACCCUCAUCAUAGCUGUGGAUUGGUUCCUUGACCGGCUUCGCACAAUGACCAAUGUGCUGGGGGACUCGAUCGGGGCAGCUGUCAUUGAGCAUUUGUCGCAGCGGGAGCUGGAGCUGCAGGAGGCUGAGCUCACCCUCCCCAGCCUGGGGAAGCCCUACAAGUCACUCAUGGCCCAAGAGAAGGGGGCGUCCAGGGGUCGGGGAGGCAACGAGAGUGCCAUGUGAGAGGGCUCCCAGCCCUGCCACCCAGAAAGGAGGGAAGGGGGCUGGGAGAGGAGUCCUGGGGAGAAUCUGAUGCCCAAGUGACUGUGGGCUGAACAUAACGUGUUUUGCUUAGCUUUUUUAGGGGGAGGAAACUGAAAUAAAGGAGCAGGAAUGAAAGGUAUCCAAGGCCUCUGUUCAUCUCUGAGCAUAUGGUGAGAACUUGAGGGAGGGCAGUGACCAAGGGAGAGUGGGAAAAGUUUCUCUUAGGUUUGGGGGAAGGGAAGCUUCAUGUUUAACAAGAAGAGAGGUCAGGUUGUGCUCUUUAUUUUCUCAGGAGUGAUGGAACUGCAGAGGGUGAAGAUAGAAUUUUUUCAUAAUAAAACAAUAUCUGUAGUCUCUGUGUUAGGGGUCCCCCAAGACCAUUUUCAGGUUCAGUGAUUUACUAGGAACACUCACAAACCUUAGAAAAGCCGUCAAACUCACACGUACAGUUGACUGCAUGGAAAGGUACAGAUUAAAAUCAGCAAAAGCAAAAAGUGCAUGGGGCAGCGUCCGGGAGACACUAAUUGUGAGUUUCUAAGCAUUCACAACACACGUGAAGUAUUGCCAACCAGGGAGGCUCACCUGGGUUUUAACUGGAGCUCCAUCCCAGGCCUGGAGCACUUGCUGGCCUUCACUAAUCAGCCUUCAGUCCCCUCAGAGAACAAUUCACCAUGGCCCAUGUUGUUAGCACAGAUGAUCUGGCAUGGCCCCUGGUCUAUAGACAUUCCUCUUAGGCUGGUUACUCCAAGGCCUCAGGUCAUCCCCCAGGAGUCACUCCAGGGCCAGUCCCACGCAGUUAAUGCUUUAUCACAUGUACUUCAAGGUUGGAAAAGGAGGAAGCAGAUUCCCAUGGGAACGGUAGCUAGGUCUUGUAGCCUCAACUCUUGAUUCUUGAGACUGGAUGGCCCUGUACCGUGGUGGUCUCAGGGUGUGUAAUGUCUCUUUACUACACAAGGGUGGAUCCUGGCCACUUUGUAUUAUAUUUCUGCAGCCUCUUUAGUCAGGUGGGACAUUAUGGACUUGGAGAAAAAACAAGAUAAGUAAGCAGAUUCUAGCUAGAUUCCAUGACCUCUUUGUCCAAGAAAUACAACAUUAAUAUGUUGUAAAUUAAAUGAAGUUUCAUGUGAGUUCCCAAAGGAGAGGGAAAUCCAAGUGCAGGUGUGAUCUGAAGCAUUCCCCCACUCUUCUAGUUUUUUAAAAAAAUUUUUAUUUGAGACAGGCUCUUGCUCUAUUUCCCAGGUUAGAAUGUAGGGGCAUCAACAUAGCUCACAGCAACCUCAAAUUCCUGGACUCCAGUGACCCUCCUGCUCUCAGGCUUCUGAGUAGCUGGAACUAUAGGCAUGUAGUCCCAUUAUAUUUUAGAACACUAUUUUUUUUCUGUUAUUGGUAGAGAUAGGGUCUCACUCUUCCUCAGGCUGGUCUGGAACUCCUGGCCUCCAGCGAUGCUUCUGCCUUGGCCUUCCAGAAUGCUAGGGUUACAAGUGUGAGGCAGUGUGCCCAGCCCAUAAGUACUCACUUUUAAUUUUAAAAAAGAUUUCACCACCAGAGAAUA